AUGAAUACCUGCCCCUCCGCUGAAUCACUUCACGACUACCACUACGACUAUUACAACUUCUACCCUUCAACUGAACCGUACUACUCCAACUCGGACUCCAGCAUGGACAGUGGUUUGCAGGCAGAGCUUUUCGGCCUCGUAUCAGAAGAUGUGGAUAUGGAAGAAUAUGUGCAGCAUGUGUAUGGUGUAUCAAAGGCCGAUGUCGAGUACAUACGCAACAAAGAAUGGAAGCUCGAAGGCUUGCCUACCUAUACUAAGUUGCUCGAUGAAGCCGCGCCCGAAGAAGACCUCUACGAACCAUUCAAAACGAUCAUGGCCGCCCUCUUCGACACCUUCAUCGACAGCGGGCGCAAGCUUGACGUGCACCACGCGUCGCUUGGCAAGACGCCACUGAAGGGUAUCUGGAACGUCCGAAAGCCGGAACAGUUAUUCCUCUUCGGCUCGCACGACCAUGAGUCGCCCGUAGCCUGGUCACUCGCCAAAGCCUUUGUCGAGUUCGCCGUGACACCUCGCACACAGCGCGUCGCAGGUGGUGACUCAACUAUAAGCACAACUAACGAGGAGGGGACCGCUGCUGCGGCUGCUCCAGCUUCAUCCACGUCUGACCUAGCACUCGCUGCAAGCUCUAGUACCAAGCGCAAACACUGCAGCGCUGAUACCCCCGACGAGCCAAAGCCAGCGCCGAAACGCCCGAGACUCGCAGCCUACGCUAAGAAAGAACCGCAAGCUGCUGGAUGUGCUUUGGAGCUCUUGGCUUCGACUUGCAGACGAUGGGCCACCGGUGUGGUCAUCACGGACACGCAAGUGACGUUACAUUACUACGAUCGCAUGGGUGCUAUCCUCACGCAGCCUUUCAAAUUCGACGAGGAGCCGUGGAAGCUAGCGUUAGUUGCCUUGGCCAUUGGACAGUGUAACCUUGCACAUGCAGGGUUUGAGCCACUCGUUGCGUCCAACCUGGACACCGCCCUCUCGCAGCCGCUAUACUCAUUGCAAAACGCGAUCCUCAAGAUUCCCAACGAUAAUAGCAACAGGAUCAACAACGACUCGAUUGAAGUUGUGGAUAACCUUGGGCGAGGGAUCUAUUCGCACUUCCAAAUUACCGGCAACCCUCUAUACAUUUACGGCGGACUUACGGGUAAGGGAUCACACGUCUUGCCUGGAUAUAUGGUCAAGAUGAUUGGUGGGGCUCCUUCGCAGGACGACGGAGACUUUCGCGACGCAGCGAAGGAACUGGCGUUGCAAGUCAACUCAAAGGAUACAAUGGUCGUCAAGCUCAGUUGGCCAUUAGAGAGGCGUCCAUGCCUAGAAGCCCGUACGAUCAAUGCCCUUGUUAACAAGAUUCCUUGGAUGAAGCGGCACCUCCCCAAGGUUCACUGCGCCUUGACAUUCAAGGGCAAAUCCACGGGACUUCCGCGACAUCUCUUCCAUGACAUGAACGUAGCACAUGGAUUGGAGCAACGGUACUUCACCCUCCUAUUCUCGGAUCGUUAUAAACACCUUUGGGAAGUCAAAACGUUGAUUGGGUUCCAAAUGGCAUUCAUUGACAUUGUUGAGUGCCACCGCACCGUGACGAGGUACGGAAUGGUGCUUCAUAGGGAUAUAAGCGAAAACAACCUACUAUGGACUAAUGAUAAGCGCGUCGUUGGUGUCCUCAAUGACUGGGAUCUAGCCACACCCGUCGAUGCGGUUGGCAAUAGCACCAACCACCGAACCGGGACGGGCCCGUUCAUGGCCUACGACCUACUCGGGCCCAAACCGCCUGUCCAUCUGUAUCGGCACGAUCUCGAAUCGCUCUUUUAUGUGCUUAUAUGGGCGGUAGUGCAUUAUAAGAUCGGCAGUGACGUCCCUUACUCCCGCGUUGUCAAUCCAGUGCUGAAAACAUGGACUGGGGAUUAUGGAGAAGCUCGUAAUGCGAAGCGUGCUUUCUUGGGGGACCCUGAGCCCGUGCUACACGAGGUACAGCCUGUGUUCAAGCCAUUGCAAGCUACAUGGAUCGAACCACUCUGCGACCUUUUUCAAGAGGCUCAGACGAAUCGAGACAAGCAUGCGAGAACGAGAAGAGCAAGAGUAGAAGUCAUCGGACAGGACGUUCUGACGGGAAGCCAAGGAUCUGCACUCAUGACCACUGGCGACGACAGCGAUGACGAGGACAAUGCAAACAACUUAGCGCUUCCUGAGCCUGCUGUCAAAAGCGCUCCGGCUCAUGAUAUCGAUUUCGAAACCCUAGGAUGCUUAACCUUUGAAAGCUUUAUGGCUGCUCUCGAUCACUGGAAACCUCGUUCGAUACCAAAGGAAUACCGCGAGUAUGCAAAACGACUUCUCAAAGAGGACAAACCGCCAGUAGUUAGUGAAUCACUAGUGGGCUGA